GUCGUGAAAUCAUUACGGAAGACGGAGCUUUAUUCCCGAAACAGAAGCUCCCAAACAACUGCAACUGCAGCUGCACGCAUAGAUACAUUAUCUCGCAAAGUCUCCGUCGCAAUGCCUGUCACAUAAACCGCACUCUAUUUCUACUCAGGAUUGCAGCUACAAUAAUUGUGGGGUGAUCCCCAGGUACCUAUUCGAACCUUGUUGGUCUGCUUCCUCUUGACUCUCAAGCUCUCCACAACCAGCAACGAUUACAACUAUGGACCGCCCACCAGCUUCAAUCCUCAUCAUCGGCUCCGGCGAAUUUGGGCUAACUACCGCUCUCUCGCUCGCCCUGCGCCCCACCUUCUCUUCCACGACCAUCACACUACUCGACCGGCUCCCCUUCCCCGCCGCCGACGGCAGCAGCAUCGACUCCUCGCGCAUUGUGCGCCCGGACUACAGCGACGCAGCGUACGCGCGGCUGUGCCACGAGGCCCAGACCAUCUGGCGGGGCGCAGACGCAACGCACCCGUUGCACGGCAUUGGCGCAGAUGGGCGGUAUACCGAGACGGGGCUCGUCCUUACCGCUGAAGAAGGGGGGAUGGCCUAUGUAGACGCCUCGUAUGCGACCGUGGCGAAGCUCUUGCCUGAGCUGGGCGUCAAGUGUGAACUGGAAUUGUUGGAGACGAGGGAGGAUGUGGGAAGGGUUUGCAGGACCGGGGGUGGUGCGUUGGGUGUACGUGGAUAUGCGAAUUGGACUUCGGGAUGGGCGGAUGCGGAGGGGGCGGUCAGGUUUUUGAGGGCUGCGGUGGAGAAGACGGGGAGGGUCACGUUUGGCACGGGAGAGGUGGUGGGGUUGGUGGAAGAGGGGGGGAAGGUGGUGGGGGUGAGAUUGAAGGGCGGGGUGGAGUUUAGGGCGGAGCUGACGGUGCUUGCGACUGGAGCCUGGACACCGGGGUUGGUGGAUCUGAGCGGACGCAGUGUGGCUACGGGACAGGUACUCGGGUAUCUUCCGCUGUCGACCGAGGAAUGGGAGAGCGUCAAGGAAAUGCCGGUGGUCUUCAACCUCUCCACGGGAAUCUUCGUGAUCCCGCAGCACACUGACCAUGUCCUCAAGAUUGCCCGCCACGCCUCGGGCUAUCUUAACCCCACCACCAUCACGGAUGCUACCACGGGCACCACCCGCAUCGUCUCGACACCGCGUACGGUGGUGACCGAUCCGGGCCUCGAGGCACCAGCCGAGGCCAAGGCCGCUUUCUCUGCCACACUGUCCUCCCUCGUCCCGCAAUUUAGCGGCAAGCAACUGUCGAGCACUCGGCUCUGCUGGUACAAUGAUACUGCCACGGGCGACUUCAUCGUAGCGUACCACCCGACCAAGGCUGGCCUGUUUCUAGCCACAGGCGGAAGCGGGCACGCCUUCAAGUUCCUUCCCGUCAUUGGCGGGCACAUCGUCGACAUACUGGAGCGCAAGGCGGACGCACGGUUUGCGAGCAAGUGGGGGUGGCCAAGUGGAGCGGUCGAGGUUGUGACGCGCGACGGGAGUAGGGGGGAUGGGGGAGUGCAGAUGGUGCUCGAGCUGGCGGAUUAGUUAGUCCGACAGGACAGGACAACACAGAGAUUCCCAUGUAGAGAUGAGUGGCAUCAUGUGUGAUACAUAGAUAACACCUAGGUAGCUACAUACCAUCCCACUGCGUACUCAUGUAUGUAUGUACCGUCCUACAUAUC